AUGAGGAACCGUUCUACUUCUAGCAAAGGCAAAAGAGGCAAGGAAGCCGGAAUUACAGAGCUAAAGGAAGAUCCUCAUCUCUCCGGUGCGUACCUCCGGAGACUCGUGAAGCAACUCGGGUCUUCCCUGCCCAGAGCAACGACGGAUCCGAAGGCUAGCCAAGGUUUCGGCGAAACCCACCCGCAGGGAGCUGCAACUCAACAUAGGAAGCAAGCAAGGAGAAGAGUCCACACCAGCAAACCUUACCAGGAAAGGGUAAUAAACAUGGCGGAGGCUAGGAGAGAGAUUGUCACGGCUCUCAGGGUCCACAGAGCCGCUAUGAAACGGGCAAGCGAACAACAGCAGCUACAUCAAGGCAAACCAGCACCUCCCCAUCCACCACCACCAUCUUCAUUUGAAGACCUUCGGGAGAAAACCAUAACCGUGGAGAACCCCUUGAACUUUAAUAGCCCUAUCCUCCCAUCAACCCUUUGCCCUCCAUUUUCUUGGCCUUACAGCAACGUUGCACCAAUUAUCCCAUGUCGACCCCUGGGCCUUAACCUAAAUUUAGAGGGAUUUGCCGACCGAGGCACAAGUAUCUCCGGGAUCAGAACUAGCCUCAGCGACUACUCAUCCUCAUCAUCCUCUACAGCUUUUCGCUGCCCUAGCGCCUCCCCUGAGACUAAGUCGGCAUCGGAGGCGAUAGCGAAGUCCGCCGCCACCAGGGAGCUGCACCUAUCGGUGGACGAGGAAGAGAUGGCCAGGAUAAUAUCCAUCGGGGAGCAGCACGACUUGGAGUGGAACGACAAGCUAAACUCCGUCACGUCGGCGUGGUGGUCCGAGCUUCUCCAGGCGGCGGAGGCGAGUGCCGGUGGCGAAGGCAAAGCGGCGAGUUCCCUAGCCGUCCCUGCACUGCUGAGUGAUCGCCAGGAACACAUGGAUGACCGCUGCUGCUUAUCGAAGGAGCAUAUGCAAGAUAAUCUGUUAUCGCGGUAAGCGAGAACAUGAGCGAUCCUCGCGAGAAAUUGUCGAGGGAAUUACUUGUUCCUAAAAUGGAUAAGAUAAGAAAAGGGCCGUCUAAUUCUAGUUAAUUGGUAAUGAACGAGGGUUUAACUUCUCUCAACCCUUGUGCAAUUACUUCGAGAGUUGCGAUAUCAUUUUUACCUGUCUGUAGUUGGUUUUUACGUGUUUGCCUCUAUAAGAAUCCUCCGGAAACUUGACUAUUGUUUGUUUUUGCUUCCUUUUUCUGGCUUAUUUCUUCUUUCUGUCUACUCUUGCAGGUUGGAAAAUGGGGAAUUCGCGGGCGUUGAUUCUGAAUGGCUAACUUGA